GCAGAGACAGGAUCUAUUGGGUGUGUGUGUAUCAGUGUGUGUGAAGUUGCUGAACAAGCCCUGAACUUCUGUCUGGCUUGUCGCUUCGAUGACGUGGAGGAGCUACAGUUAAAGUCUCAUUGAAGCUGCAUCAUCUUCUCUGCGGAGACAGAGAGAAGUUAACAGUGUGGAGAGACUGUAUUUUAUUAAGUAUUAUAAUAAAUGACACUGUGAGAAGGAGGAGGAGCAGGGGAGAAAGGCAUUGCCCCGAAGCGCAGCGCUGUGACUGGAUUUCGCUGGAUCAGGGAAAAUGCAAAGCAGCUUGUCAGUCUCUGACAGUGAUGGUUCUUCGUUUGCCCCUCUGGUGGUGCUGGAAUUGGCUGAGGACACUGAAGCAGAGACCAUCACUUGGUUACUAAACAGAAUAAAAGACAAGCAGCAAAAUGGAGGAGCUGAGUUGCUGGUGGAGCAGCUUGAAGUCAUUGGGCAGAAUGAGCAGAAGAGAAGUCCUAAAAUCUUUCUUGUAGGCUCGACGUGGAAAAGACUCCUGAUUGGAGCUGAAGAUGUGGGCCUUUUUAAAGAGUUCCAUGAUGGCACCAUGCGAGGAUUCACUUAUGCCAACCGAGAAAGUUUCAAAGAAUUUCAAGGGGAUGGAGAUGACUUCCUUAGUAUUGCAGAAUGCCAGUACAUUAUUAAACAUGAGCUGGACACAUUAAGGGCAAAGGGGGAGAGCCAUGUUCCUGGAUACGCGAAAGUAAAAUUGUACCCUGGAAAAUCAGUCAUUCGUAGGUUACAGUCCAAGGCCAUCCUUCUCCAGUAUUUCCCUCUCCAUGACAAAGAAGAGCUGAAGAGACUUUCCGUCUCUUGGUACCGAAAGAUCAAACUGUCCUUUCAGCCUCUGGAUGAUAUCAGACAUUACUUUGGCGAGGGCCUGGCGCUCUACUUUGGAUUUCUGGAGUAUUUUACGUUUGCCUUGGUGCCAAUGGCCCUCAUCGGCAUCCCCUACUACCUCUUUGCUUGGGAGGACUACGAUAAGUAUGUUCUGUUUGCUGUCUUCAACCUGGUGUGGUCCACUGUCUUCCUGGAGGUGUGGAAGCGAUGCAGUGCACAGCUGGCCUAUGGAUGGGGAACGCUCAGUCGCAAGAAAGCAUUUGAAGAGCCACGGCCAGGAUUUCACGGGGCUUUAGGGUUCAAUCCUGUAACCGGUCGUGAGGAACCAGUCUAUCCUAACACAAAACGACAGUUGAAGAUAUAUCUGGUGUCUGUCCCUUUUGUGAUACUGUGCCUGUACCUGUCUCUCUAUGUGAUGAUGAUCUACUUUGAUAUGGAGUACUGGGCACUGAGCAUUUAUAAUGAAGACCCAAACCUCUGGACGAGUGUGCUGCUCUUCAUCCCAAGUAUCAUCUAUGCCGUGGUGAUUGAAAUAAUGAAUUUGCUGUACCGCUACGCCGCAGAGUUCCUCACAGGCUGGGAAAACCACAGACUAGAAUCGUCUUUCCAGAAUCAUCUGGUGCUCAAAGUCUUGGUGUUCAACUUUAUCAACUGCUUUGCAUCUUUGUUUUAUAUUGCCUUUGUAAUGCAAGACAUGGUGCUGCUAAGACAGAGCCUUGCCACUCUGCUUAUCACCUCUCAAAUCCUGAACCAAAUCAUGGAGGCCUUCCUGCCUUACUGGCUACAGAGGAGACGGAAUAAGAAGGUCCAUAAGAGAGUUCGGAGGUUGCUGGGAGAUAGAGAGCUCCCUCUGGUGGAGCAGGUUCAGUUGGAGGGUGAUAUGUAUACCUACUUGGGCACGUUUGAUGACUACCUGGAGCAGUUCUUGCUGUUUGGCUAUGUUAGUCUGUUUUCCUGUGUGUAUCCACUCUCCGCUCUUCUGGUGGUCCUCAACAACGUCACAGAGGUCUACUCGGACGCCUUUAAGAUGUGCAAAGUGUUCAAGCGUCCUUUCUCAGAGCCUGCAUCUGAUAUAGGAGUGUGGCAGCUGGCAUUUGAGACGAUGAGUGCGAUUGCUGUGGUGACCAACUGUGCCUUGAUCGCUCUGUCUCCGCAAGUGAAGGCUUACUUCCCUGAGGGAGAGACACAGCUUAUUCUGACUGUUGUGGCUGUAGAGCACGUUAUCCUGGCCUUCAAGUUCAUCCUGGCCUUCAUUAUUCCAGAUGUGCCAAAGCACAUCCAGAUCAAGCUGGCCAAGCUGGAGUUUGAGUCCCUCGAAGCACUGAAGAAAAAGAGCCGAGCCCUUGGCCGAAAAUGCUGGAGGCCUCAGAGAUUCCAAAGACUGAUAAGUGAUGCAGAGUAAAGACUCACGCAGCAGCAGCAGCAGCAGCGCAGACUCUUAUGAAGCUCUGAUCAUGCAGAUUUAAGCUGCCUCCAGGUUUACAUACAGUAUACAAUCAAGCAUUACAUAUAUAACAAGCCACCAAUAUGCACUCCUGCCCUUCACAAAGACUUACUCUGCUGACAAUGCAAGCAAGCCUCUGGCUUUUCUUUCGUUUACUGCAUCUCAUCUGAAAUAGUUCCAGUUUCAGCUUUACUCUUUAAUUCUUGUCUUGAUGUGAUUUUAUCUGGGUGAGUUCAGUUUAAACUGUUUUUUUUUUUUUUUAAAGGUGUUUAAAUUUAUCGAGACAGAAAAUACCUGUCCCCACUGAGUACAUAUAUAUAUAUAUAUAUAUAUAUAUAUAUAUAUAUAUAUAUAUAUAUAUAUAUAUACUGUAUAAGACUAAGCAGUGCCUUUAUUUAUCACUAUAUAAUAUCACCCGCAUUACUGCUUUUGUGUACUGAAGCUACAUUAAGUGCACACUGCACGGUACUUGAAGCCAAGGAAACCUGAUGCUCCCUCUCUUCUCUGAAAAUAAAUAUGUUAACUAUUACAAUGACGAAUGUGUUGCUCUAUUUGCUGUCUGGUUUUGUAAGUCAGUACAGUAAAGGGUGUGAAUAAGUUGCAUGCAUUGUUUGUCUGGGAUAUGUGUUAUUUGCACAUUACAUUAAAACAGGUUCUGAACCUUA